ACUAUAAUUAUACGCCCUAUAUUGAACCGGAUAGCGGUUGUCAAUGAAGACCGAUAUUUGCGGCUAGCAAGUAUUUUAUCGUCCUUCAUCAUUUCAAUAGAUAAGAUGUUCCAGAUUGCCCUACGAUUGAUUUGAAUGUACAAAGCCCCUCUACUAACUCAAUCAAAAAACGACACCCUUUCCUUCUCUCUGCUGUACUUCACCCAAUUAGAAAAACGAUCCCCAUAAAUUCGGAUCUCCAAUUAUACGCAUCCACAAUCCCCCUGUCGACCAUUCUUUCCAUCCCCAUCUCUGCCCUUCUCACCAUCUUCUUCCUCCUUCUCCAAAAAACAACACAGCCAUGGCGGCCAAUACCGACAAAUCAAACGAACCGGUGCACGUGCUCGUCUUCCCUUACCCAGCACAAGGCCACUUAAUCCCUCUCCUCGACUUCACCCACCACCUCGCCGUCCGCAGCGCCGGCCGUCUCAAGAUCACCAUCCUCGUCACCCCCAAAAACCUCCCGCUCCUCCAGCCGCUCCUCUCCCGCCACCCUCCCACCGUAAUCCAAUCCCUCACCCUCCCUUUCCCUCCCCACCCUUCCAUCCCUCCCGGCGUCGAGAACACCAAGGACUUCCCGCCGCCCAGCUCUGGCGUCCAGGUCCUCAUGAUGGCCGCCCUCGGCGACCUCCGCUCCCCUCUCCUCAGCUGGUUCCGCUCCACCCCGUCUCCGCCCUCCGCCAUCAUCUCCGACAUGUUCCUCGGCUGGACCCACCGCCUCGCCGCCGACCUCGGCAUCCCUCGAGUCGUCUUCUCCCCUUCCGCCGCCGUCGCCUUGUCCGUCAUCUACUCCCUCUGGCGAUACAUGCCCAGCCUCCCGGAAAACCCCGAUUCUCCCUUCACGUUCACCAACCUACCCAAUUCCCCCACUUGGCCCUCCUCCCAGCUCUCCCCGAUGUACCGCUCUUACGUCGCCGGCGACUCUGUUUCCGAAUUCGUCAGGGACGGGUUUCUCGCCGAUAUGGAAAGCUGGGGUGCUGUUUUCAAUUCGUUCCGCGGAUUGGAAUCCAGGUAUUUGGACUAUUUGAGGAAGGAAUUGGGGCACGAUCGGGUGUGGGCGGUCGGACCUAUACUCCCUCCUCCCGAUGACGGUAAUCGGGGGAAGGAUCGAGGUGGGGCCAGCUCUGUCUCGGUUGCCGACCUCGAGGCGUGGCUGGACACGUGUCCCGAUGACGGAGUCGUGUACGUCUGCUUCGGGAGCGAGGCCGUGCUGACGGCGGAUCAGACGGCGGCUCUGGCUUCGGGAUUGGAGAAGAGUGGGGUCCGCUUCGUGUGGAGCGUGAAGGGCGGGGGAGGAGGACACGUGGCGAAGGAGUUCGAGGAUCGGGUGGCGGGAAGAGGCGUGGUGAUUCGGGGGUGGGCCCCGCAGGUGACGAUACUGGGGCACCGGGCCGUCGGCGCGUUCCUGACUCACUGCGGGUGGAACUCGGUGCUGGAAGGGAGCGUGGCCGGGGUGCCGAUGCUGACGUGGCCAAUGGGAGCGGACCAGUUCGUCGACGCGACGCUGCUGGUGGAGGAGGUGAAGAUCGCGGUGAGGGUGUGCGAAGGGAAGAGCUCGGUGCCCGACUCGGACGAGCUGGCCCGGCAGCUGGCGGAGCUGAUGGCGGAGGAGGGCCGGGAGGAGAGGAAGCGGGCCAAGGAGCUGAGCCGUGCGGCGGUGGAGGCCGUUGGAGAUGGCGGAAGUUCGGCCGAGGAUUUGGAUUCGCUGGUCAAAGAAUUGGUCAAGCUGACUUCACCAUCAGACGUACAAGUUAGUUAAAUUAACCGUCCCACGUGCGUGUAACGUGGGAAGUUGUAGUUCUUGAACUGCAAUUUUGGCGCCUGUUUCUUGUUAGGCUGAUGUCGACUUAUGGCCUUCAUUGGCAUUCCGAAUUUAGUGUUGGAUAAUAACACCGAUCAUCAUCACGAUUAAUGUCUGCUCCCUAAUCAAAUCUCAGCUGUUCUAUCGACACAACCAUCACGUAGCGUCACAUGAUUGCGCCAUUUCUCAUUUGUUCUGCUUCAGUUACUUUCAUGUUCUGCUUCAGAUUUGCUCCACAUCAUUUCAACGAAUCCCUUGAAGGUAAACGGAAUUUGCCUCGCGAAUGCACUGGUGAAUUGCUGUCCGAGGUCGUCUGCUCCAGUGAAAGCAUUUAGUUCCAUCCCAAAUCUCACCUUGAUUACAUUAGCAUAUCCUGCAUAUGAAAAUGAAGCAACAACUUGUGCAGCAAAGUAAGGAACUUCAACCAAAAAAAAGCACAAGUUCCCGCGGCUUUUGUGAAAAGUAUAAUCUGUUUGCUUUUCCAGCUUCGAGCAUAUCUUAGUUUCUGAAACCACACAGUUGAAACCAACCUGCAAAUCUAUCGUCUCCGCACCUGCUGCUGCUGCAACAGUGAUCUUCGUAACCAACUUUGCCGCAUUGACCCUGAAAGCAUUUGGUACUGAAAUCCCUGAGAAUUCAUGACUGGCAAGCUUCCUCUGGUUGCACCACUUAUCACGAUCCGUUCCACGAAUUUCAUCCCAAAUAGAUCGCUCAUAAUUCCGAGAUUAUUCUCCCCUUAAUGAAAUAGGCAACAAAGAAAGAGUAAACAUAAACACGGGACUUCAAUCAGCAGAAGGAAGAAGCAAAGCAGAAGAAUCUGAAGCCAGAGAGACUAAUCAAAACAAAGUAGCCAUACCUUUCCAUAUUGGGGGAAGUUGAUUUCAAUGUGUAUCAACAGUACCAGGAUCCACUGUAUAAAUUUCCGUGGCAAGGAGCAAGGGAUAUCUGAUAAUCAAAGAGCGUCUUAUAGUGAACAAGUGGCAUAAGAACUGGACCAUACAUGGGAGGCAGCUGAUGAUUCAUCACCACUGUUUCUUUGAUGUAGAACAGCACAUACUGUGAAACAAAUACUACAACGAAGAAUGUCACCAACCCAUAAAGAAGCAAGAUGAUGGAAGUCUGAGAGUAACCCAGAAGAAGAACAAGCCAUAGGAAGGCCACGCAUCCAGAGAGAUCAGGUCAGGAUUAUACGGAAACUAUAAAGCUAAAUUGCAGAACGUUUAUCUUUUCAUUUUCAAUCAAUCAUGGAUUCUUUUAAAAUAAAAUUUUAACUGAUUCUAUCGAGCCAACCGUGUAAGCAUUUGGAUCCGGAUAGCAGUUAAUGGCGAUAGGUAAAAAACGAAUUGCAGUAUUUUCAACGCCGACCAGAACCUUGAGAGUUGAAAAUACUGAGAAAGAAAAGCUUCAUAACACUGUCUACAUGCUAGCUGAUAAUGCCAGUGUAGGAAUCCUGUCAGACUAAAUACCUUUCUAAAACAACGACUGUCCACAUGGCAGCUGAUAAUGCCAGUUGUAGGGGAUAAAAACAGAAAUCGCUAUAUGAGUUUUCAGACAGCAAAUUGCAGCAAGUUAGAUAUUGCAUGUAUAACAAUGGAUGUUGCCUAUGAAUGUUCUUCGUUGGAACUCAUCGUUGAAGUAUUCUGGCUCUUCCGUCCUUGCAGAUUUCAGCUACCAGGCUCGAUUAUAACUUCUCAGGGGAAUCUCCUGUCGAUGGGCAAGUCGUAAUUCAUCUUCAUCAGCUUCCACAAUCCACAUAGACACCUGCCUGGUUGCAGCACCUACAAGUCCGCAUCAACCAUGGAAGGAUCAUGAUGUACUAGUUGCUUGAUCAAGUCAAGUCGUAUGAAUUAUGUUCAAAACACUUUCCCCCUUUCACUUCUUCAAUCAUGUUAGCACUUACAACUUACAAGUUCUGUAUCAAUCAUGUCAGUAUAAGGUGACAAUGGAGUCCUGAACUAAAAGGUAGUCACACAGAAGCCAUCGUGACCAGCAACUAAGACAUCAAGAAUACAUAGAAAAGACUGGA